GCCCAUGUAUGCACAUGCGUUUCCUAUGUACACAUAGAUGCUUGGGCAUAAAUGGGAAAGGUGAUUAAGACUAAUGACAGGUGAAAGUGCGAACAAAAAAUAUGUCAAAGUAAACUAUAGUCAUAAAUUGAUUAAAUGAACCGUCCCCCAAAAUGGUUAAAAAGAACGCAAAAUUUUUUUUUUUCAUUUUUCUCACGAAAGGUACGCAUAGCAAAUAAAGUGCAGCCGUACUUUACUCGUUUUGUGCUUGUAGUGCCCAGCUAAAAGGGUGCCCCUUCGACCGUUCAGUGUUGCCAUUUGCAAAAUGAAAAUGCAUACCUACCACCAUGGAUGUACAAACCAACAGUUAAACGUUUAACAAAUGGGAAAAAAAAAAUUAAAAGGGGGAAGUGAGAGGCCAGACGAAGUCCUGACCCAGUGUGGAGGAACGAGUGUACAAAAUGAUGUGCGAGGUCUCAUCAUUGAUACACGCCAUGGGCGAAGAAGGGAUUCUAAAAAUUAUCUGUAAAGUUUAUUACACCGUUGGAUGUUUUGUCCUCCUUCUUUCUUUCCAUUUUAAAUCAAUAAAUGAAUGGUCCCUGCAUGGGAAGAAUUUGUAUAUCAAAGUUGAAAAGGGUGAAACGGAUGGGGAAAAAACGCACUCCAUAUUUUCCAAGCUAAGGGGGAAGAUAGACCACAUGACAAUUUCGAAAAAGCACUUUUCGCAUUUCUAUAUUAUCGGUUUGGUUGUAAAUUCUGUGCUGCUUAUCUGUGACCUCAGUCAACGCGCCAGGAGUGAACAAACCGUCCUCCAUUGUAUCUCCAUAACGAACGUUUUGCUUCAAGUUCAGUUGGUCAGGAGGCUACUGGAACAGCUUCUCGUCGUCAGGACGACACCUAAAUCGGUCAUGCACGUUUUUUCGUACCUCUUAGGCGUAACCUUCUACCUUGUGACGCCCUAUUCCCUCCACAACAAUGACAAAAGGGAGUAUACAACAGGAGGGUUACUCCCUGUUGUUGUGUUCCUGUUGGGGACAUUAAUUCAGUAUGAUGCCCAUGUCCGCUUGGCCAAACUUCGUCCCAAAGGUACAAAGAAGUUAGACAGCCCUUACAAAGUACCACACGGGGGCCUCUUCUACUUUGUGAGUUGCCCGCAUUAUUUCGCCGAAAUUUUAAUCUACCUGUCCUUUUUGCUCCUGAACUGGAAUUUCAUCAGGUCGGAAUUUGCGUGUGUGGCGGAAGCGCGCAUGGAGAAUAGGCAAAACGUCUGCUUAGCUUCACAUUCGUUUGCCUAGUUCUAAUCAAAAAUGGUAACACUCAUUUUGACAUUGGGCGAAUAGGGGGGAUUCGUCUGUGUGCUUGCAAACGCACAAGUGGUACCUCAGGACAGCUCGAGAGGCAUAUCCCAAGUAAGACAAAAUGGGUAGACGCCCAAUCAGUUUUAAUAUUUAAAAAAAAAGACUAUCCCGAUGUCGGAAAAAAAAAUUAUUUCUUUUCAGACAAAGGAGGGUCAUUUUUCCGUAUAUCCUGUGAGCACCAUCAAAAUAAACCUGCUGAAUUGAAGGUCAUCUCAAGAGUGACAUCAUUUUGUAACAGCGCGGAU